UCCCCAGGAGGACUCUGCCGAGCAGUUUGACCGCCUGCUGGAGGACAUCAUGAUGGGCCUAGACUUCGCCUGUGGUGGUUGCCAGGAUCAGCUCCUAGCGCCAUGGACGCUGUUACUGAGGUGACCGGUGCGGGUGACCGUUCUGGAAGUGCCAAGUCUUCUUCAGAAGUGGGGCUGCAGCAGCAUGUGGAGGGUGAGCUGAGUGACAUCCAGGACCACUUCCUUAGGUCGUUUGAGCAGCAGGUGGCAGCAUCCAACCCAGUGGCACAGGGAGAGGGAGAGGGGUCUCGGAGCACAGCCAGCCUCUCGGAGCCUUACACCGCUCUCAGGAACUAUAGUGGAGCCCAGAUGGUGACCAGCACAGCUGAACACAGAACUCAGAGCACUCAAGUCAGAGAAGAGCAGAGCUACACACACACAGCCUAUACACACCCCUCUUACGCUGGGCAGAGUAACACACACGUGGCCCAGGUAUACAUCCCUCAACCAGAACCCAGCUACACACACACAGCCCACAUAGAGCAGUGUAUCACAGUCACACACCCCGCAAACACACACCUCCCUCUCUCUCACACAUCACCUCUUCCAUACUCAACUCCUAACAGUGUCCAGCCCACCUCAGCUCUACCCCCUACCAGUCUGCCACCUAGCCCAGGGGAAGUGAGGAGGGUGAUGACCAGAAGACGGUUGCGAGGCGAGAUCAACAUCCAACCUAUAGUCAGGCCCAAGAAACGUCAUGGGGAGAGGAACAUAGACAGGACCAGACUACUAAUCAAGAAGAGGAAGAGGAUAAAGAAAGGGUACUCCAUGAAUACGAGGAACUGCUGGAUGUGGAUGAUGUGUUGCUGGGUGUGUCUGUCCGUACAGGCGAGGAGCUAUGCCAACCCGAGGAUGCUGCCAGGGAAACGCCUACCCCCCAGCAAACUGCCCAAUCAGGUCGGUCGGCUGAGAAGAUAAAAUCUCAGACCAAGGCCCGGCCAGCAGCAGUCUGACACUACCAAGAAAACCCCACCCCUACCCAAUCCCCCGAUCAGCCUAAUCAGAACCACAGAGAAGCUCAGAGGUCAGAGUGCUCAGCCAAUCAGACAGAGCGAGGAGGUUGUGUGGGGAGUGUCUGGGGCAGUGGCUAUUGUGAAGAGAGGGAGAGGCAGACCACCCAGAAAGAGAAACGUCAAUGGUGUGUGUGCAAAGGUUACAACUGCUCCAGUUCCACCAGAACAGACAAGCCGAGGGGCAGAAACAAAGAAGAGGAGGAGGGAAGAAGCCUCAGCUGGAGUGGGAGAAAGGAUCAGACCCAGCAAGGACAAGAGAGAAGAGUAGGAGAGUAAAGGAGUCAGAGGAGGAAAGGUGGAAGGGAAGGAAGGAGACAGAGAGACCAAGUGUGCAGGUCCAGAAGUAGAAGUAGUCCCACUGGUCCAAACGCUCUCAGAACCUCACCCUCCCAUCUCCGUUCCAGAAUCCCCAGCCUGUGGAGAGCAGGUACACCCUGAGGACAGAGAGGAGUCUGGGAAAGAAGUGACAACCUCCUCAGCCUUCCAGAAGACUAGGGAAGUCCUGCAGACACUGCAGAAUGAAAGAUGGAGAGGAAACGGGAUGGGCCAUUUUUAAACCACAAAAGACCGAUCAGACAGAAGAGAGGGAGACACGGAUGGACAAAAUAGAUGUUGAAGACAUCAGAGCGAUAGAUAAUUCUGAUGAAAAUAUUGACAUAGAUGGAGAUGGAGAAGAAUGGAUGACAGACAGAGCAGAAAAACAGACCGAACUCCACAACCCACCAAUCCAAAUCGGAGAAUGGAAGGUCACGGUUCAGAUGCAUUCUGGGAUAGUAAAGCCUCCAGUCUCCCAUCCUUCACGUUCCAUCCGAGAGGUGGACAUCGAAGGGUCAACAGGAAGCUGGGAGGAAGAGGAGGAAGUGGAUGUGUUGGGGGGCUUUAGCGCCUCCCCUGUCCCUCCUAUCAUACUGCCUGGCUCCUGGGGGGAGGGGCUUGGUUCUGAGGAGGAAGAGGAGAUUGAUGUCAUUGGAGGAGAGUUGGACCACACCCCUUUUAUUUAAUCUCUGCUCGUACUGAGUGCAUACACACGGUAGCCUACAUUAUCAAUCAGAUUAUCACACUCUACUCUAAUCUGAGGUUUCUUUGCUUUUACACUAACUAUGACCAUGUCCCUCCUAUCCCUGUUUCCCUAGUGUGACCAACAUCUUCCCCCUGCUAGGAGACUGGGAUAUGGACAAACUGCUGUAUGUGGACCAUCUCACAGUACAGAAUCAAUGAGGGGCUGCCACAUAGACAGCCGUGGCAUAACGACAAGGAAUGUACAGAUUUCUGCUUGAUGGAGAAGCAUGAUUGUGUGGUUGAGUUCCUCCAAGUUACCAAUUGUUAAUCAAAAGAGGAUGAAUGGAUGUUUUUUAAAAAUUUGGGACGUUUUUGUUGUACCUUUUUUCUACCUCACCUUGUCUUUAGAGCUCUGUGCUUGAGUUGUAGUUUUCAGCACUUAGAUCGUCAAAUAUGAACGUGUUUUACACUGUGGGUCAGUUGUGCUCUGUUUAAGUCUACAUCUCACUGCCCAGACCUUUACAACAUCAUUGUGUUAAAGCUUUCAAUGACCCGUGUAGAAAAACACCAGCUAUAUUUGCCUUUUGUGCAGAGGAGUUUGGGUUCAUUCAUAUACCAAACGUUUCAUUGUGAGUUGCCAACAAAUCAGGUUUUACACUGCUUGUUAGUUCAGUUUCACAGGAAUUUACGACUUUCAUUGGUUGAGUGUCAAUCAUCACAGGCCUACAUCUUCCGAUUCUGCUUUGGAUUGUUCUAGAAUGGAAUCACAUCAUGUUUGUCAUUAUUACUGUUCUCCCCAGGUGUUUGACUGUUUUCUGUUUAAAAAACAGAUUAAAGAUGUUCUUAACGUG